AUGGGUGGCGGAGGAGCUAUGAGGACGGCGGCGAAGAUAGCCGGCAUCGGUGUCUCCAGGUCGGGUUUCCGGGGGCUUCCGGCGGCGCACCCGACUGAGCAAUCGGUCCGCAACGCGUCGCGGCCCUCCUCGGUCGCCGGAGUGUCGUCGAAGGGAGCUAAAUCCGCCGAGGUUGCGCCGGUGCACGCUGCGGCGCCGUGGGACGAGUGGGACUUCGCAGACGAUGGCAAGUUGGUCGUGCCGAGGAUGGUUUUCGGUUCUGCCCCCACUCUCGAGGAAGCUAAGGAAGCCACCAAAGAAUUGAAGGACGCUAUUGAUCAAGUAUAUCUUUCUCCUGAGGCUUCUCAUUAUUCAUCUCCUGGUUGUGAAGUCUCUGCUCUGUCUCCUACACUUUAUGAGCCACUGAACAGAUCUUGUGUCAUUGACACAAUUUCAAAUCCUUCAGUGCCAAAGCAUGCUAUUCAGGCUUUUCAUUUGCUUAGCACAAGCCGCGAGGCUCAGGCUGUUGUGGCUUCACUUGCUUGUGAUCCAAAUGUAUGGAAUGCAGUCAUGGAAAAUCCUGCUGUCUGUAGUUUCUUUCAAUCACAACACACAGUAGCUGAAUUUGGAGCAGAGGAAACUAAUGAGGAAGUGGAAAAGUUAUCAAGUUGUGUUUCUGAUGCAGCUGAAGCACCUGAAAAAAUGGAAGCAUCGUCCAAGUCUCACUCGGGAAACGUGUUUGCCAAUUUCAGCGGUCUUAUGCGGAAUUUGAAGCUUACAGUUAUUGAAUUGGUAAGCAGGGUGUCUGGUUUCCUUCAGAGCAUAUUCCCAUCACCUGAUACUGUGAAAGAGAAGAUGUCUGCUGGUUCUGAUCCUGAUGGGAACACUAAAACAAGUUUCAUGGAAAGUAAAAUUGGCAAGGGAGGAGGGACCUUGAUAGGUUUGGUUGUGCUGGUAAUAAUGGUGAUAGUGACCAAGAGAGCUUAG